AUGAAAUAUGGUGGCCAACAUAAAGCAUUUGAAAGUCUCGUAGAAAAGUAUGGAAGUUCGAUUUUGGGUGUAAAGCUCGGGAGAGAAUUGGUUGUUGUAGCUUAUACUUGUGACAUUGUAAAAGAGAUUCUUACAAGACAAGAGUUUGAUGGUCGACCAGACAAUUUCUUUAUUAGACUGCGAACAAUGGGAACAAGAUUGGGCAUUACUUGUACUGAUGGGAAAUUGUGGAAUGAACAAAGAAGCUUCGUUAUGAGACAUUUGAGAAAUGUUGGCUACGGAAAAUCUAGAAUGGAGGAUCAGAUUCAAAGCGAAUUGAAGGAACUCACUCAUUCUAUUGAGGAAUUUGAAGGUGAGUUCAAAUCUUACAGAAUGACUGCUUUAUAA